AAGAGGAGGAGGAGGAUCAGGAGGAGGAAGAGGAUCAGGAGGAGGAGGAGGAAGAAGAGGAGGAGGAGGAUAGACACUGGUCCCUCAUCCUUCGAAGGGGAACUGGCACGUUCAGGGACGCGCCUGCCCUCUCCUCUCCAGUGUCUGGCCCGCGCGUCACUGUUGCGUCGCCGUGUUCGUCGACUUCACUCCGACGACACGUGAAGAUGUCAGCGGGCUAACUAACUAGCUGAGGAGGGGCAACUAAAUCGGAUUAGCUGCUCGCGGCGGCAGCAGCAGCGGCAGCAGCCUCUCCCUCUGCGUGACGUGCAGGUAGUCUCCGCUGUGCUGCGCGGCACCACGGUCCUCCCCUCGAUUGUUCCAUGAAUUAUCAUCAUAGUCAUUUUCAUUCGAAUCCCAUUUCUUCCGCGUGUGUGUCAAGACAACCACUCGUUAGCAUUGAUGUCGCCGCGAGCUAGCUCGUCUGUCGGCCAGUCGAAGAGACGCAGCGGGAGCGAGAGGUCCCACUCCGGCCAGUGGAAAGAAGAGCAAACCUAAAAAAAAAACCAACCCCAACAACAACAACUAGUAAGUGGCUCCGAGUCACCGCCCACCGCGGAGCCGCCGGGCCACGCCGAGGUGCUUUGAGCGCGUCCUCCGAGGGACUCGAACCCAGCCCCCCCCGGGUCGGAGCGAAGAUGUCCGGGAAGGACAAAGACAAGGCGGAGAAGCAGUCGACGACGGAGCGGCUGGUGAAAGCUGUGCCGUACCCUCCACAACACAAGCUGACCGUGAAAGAGCUGUUUGAAGACGGCAAGCCCAACGCAGAGCUCCUCCGCAACCACCUGGUCAAGGAGGGCAGGGUGGAAGAGGACGUGGCGCUGAGGAUCGUCAACGACGGGGCCAGCAUCCUCCGCCAAGAGAAGUGCAUGUUGGAAGUGGACGCGCCGAUAACAGUAUGCGGUGAUGUCCACGGACAAUUCUUUGACCUCAUGAAGUUGUUUGAAGUCGGGGGAUCACCCAGUAACACACGUUAUCUCUUCCUCGGUGACUACGUAGAUCGAGGAUACUUCAGUAUUGAGUGUGUUCUUUACCUCUGGUCGCUCAAGAUCAACCACCCCACCACACUCUUCCUCCUGCGUGGGAACCACGAGUGCCGGCACCUCACAGAGUACUUCACCUUCAAACAGGAAUGUAAAAUCAAAUACUCUGAACGAGUGUAUGACGCCUGCAUGGAGGCCUUUGACUGCCUGCCCCUCGCCGCCCUGCUCAAUCAACAGUUCCUGUGUGUUCACGGCGGACUCUCACCGGAAAUCAACUGCCUCGACGACAUAAGGAAAUUAGACCGGUUUAAAGAGCCUCCGGCGUUCGGGCCUAUGUGCGACCUGAUCUGGGCCGACCCGGGUGAGGACUACGGCAGCGAGAAGACAACGGAACACUUCAACCAUAACUCCGUCAGAGGCUGCUCUUACUUUUUCAGUUACUCUGCAGUCUGCGACUUUUUGGUAAAUAAUAACUUGCUGUCGGUAAUAAGAGCCCACGAAGCACAGGACGCUGGGUAUCGGAUGUACAGAAAAAGCCAGACCACAGGCUUCCCUUCAUUAAUCACAAUCUUCUCAGCUCCGAAUUACCUAGAUGUCUACAACAACAAAGCGGCUGUAUUGAAGUACGAGAACAAUGUGAUGAACAUCCGACAGUUCAACUGCUCCCCCCACCCGUACUGGUUGCCCAACUUCAUGGAUGUCUUCACGUGGUCUCUGCCUUUUGUCGGAGAGAAGGUGACGGAGAUGCUGGUGAAUGUGUUGAACAUCUGUUCGGACGAUGAGCUCAUGUCAGAGGGAGACGACCUUUAUGAAGGCGGCACCUCGGCGAUGCGUAAGGAAGUCAUCCGAAACAAGAUUCGCGCCGUGGGGAAAAUGGCCCGGGUGUUCUCAGUCCUCAGGGAGGAGAGCGAGAGUGUGUUAACACUCAAGGGCCUGACCCCGACUGGAACUCUUCCCCUGGGAGUGUUGUCAGGGGGGAAGCAGACCAUCGAGACCGGAACUUCCAUUUUAGGACCGGAGAAUUUUGGCUCACUGGCCGACUGUUGUGCUCCAUAUCCGCGGAGGCAGACUGCAAAAGUCAUAACCGCGGUACCAGCUCGAGACGAGACGGGUAUCCUGUGGCGACAGACCCCUGGAACACAAGGCUGCAAGGGCGAAGAUCUGGGUAUUGUUUCGACUCCGGGCUCAGCGAGGAUCUGCAUUGUUCGACUCGAGCACACAGAGUCCGCGCCACAUGCCGGGCAUACCAUGACGAGCUCCGUUCUGCAGACCUCCAGACGGGAACAAAAUAUGCUUCCUGCACCACUUGCGGCCACGGCUGCUCCCGGCUGGCUUUCCCCAUAUAAGGCCCCGAGCCUGUGAUCACACUUGUUGAUGUGGGGACAUUCUUCGGGCAGCCUUCUUUCAGGAAAACACGAGAGUUACACCAGCGUGAGAUUGACACAUGUUGUUUACGGGGGGAGUUCUGUCUCGGGGGGGGGGAACGCCUCGCGGCCUUAUCAGCUCUGAUCAGCAGGCUGCGUGGGCCGCGGGUCAACUCCACUUGUAAACAUAACUCCCAUCUGAAGGAGAAAAUGUAAGCCAAAAAAAUAUUUUUAGCCCCGCUAACUGGAAAAGGAUCAAGAUAUGAUCUAUUUACAGCAAACUCGGUGACACAGCUGUGCUGAAUUUAGCUUGUAAAAUAACACUCCAUCAACUGUCAAUAAUAAAUUACAGUGUUAAUUGUUUAAUACGAAAAGACUAUCUAUAUUAUGAUGUAUUAUAUUAUAGAUAGUAAAAUCCUUAUCAUGAGGUCAGUAGUUGGACUCGGUGCCGUAGGAUGGAUGUCCCAACGGGAAAAAUACACUCACUCUCACAGUAAACACAGAGAGCAGACCAACGACUGUAUUUAUCUUAUUUCCUGCUUUAUAAACUGGCCCAUCUCCUCAGCAACCUGCCACGACAACAAGUGAACGGACGCAGAUGACUCAGUUGAGCCCAGACGUCAGGGCUCGAUCGGUACGUCUGUGUCCGGCACAUAAUCCAAACACAUCACACAUUAGACAUCAGAGGUCACCAUGGGUCGAUUUAUAAAUGUUGCACGUCUUCUUCCCCUUGAUUGAACAGUAGAUCAGUGGUGGAAUAUAUGUACGACUGUACACAGGGCCGGCCCAAGGUAUAAGCGAACUAAGCGGCUGCUUAGGGCCCCCUGGCCACCAAUCAAAUUCUGCUUAUGGCCCCAUAUAGGCUAGUGUCGGCUCUGACUGUGCUGAAGUAUACCCUUGUGAGCUGCUUGUGGUUUACUUGACCACUGCCAGCAGUAAAAUAAAGUUCUAUCAAGCGAACAGCGAGUAAACAGCCGAUCGAAUAGUGAACAGAACAAAAAGUCUACAUGAAAACAAUAAAGUAGCCUAUAUUGAGACUAACCAAACCAAUCAAUGGAAUAUCAUUUCAAGAUUCUUUACUGUCACUGUCCUGCUGCUGUAUAGGCAACUUGUGAGGACGCUCCCUGACAUUUAGAAAAAU